CUGCGCCCCUGCGCCCCUGUGGGAGGGGCCGCGGGGCCGCGCCGUGGGAGUCGUCAGCAGCGCGGAACUUCCGCGGACGAGUUGCUGAGGGGCGACCUGUGUUGCCGGGAAGGCGGCGGAGAAGGAAGGUCGCGCAACGGGCGUCGCAUAGCUGCGGAGGGAUCCUGUUUCUGCGCGGCGGAGGGAUUUGGCACACGGCGGCGGGAUUUGGCACACGGCGGCUUCCGGCGAGCCCGGCCCGGGAGGAAAAGCCCCGAAGGAAACAAUAACAAACGCCUGAGGGAGCGCGUGUGGAGUGGGUGUCGAGCGCUCUCGCCCGAGAAGAUGGGCUUCGGCCCUUGUCCGGGCACGUGAGCGCGACCGGCGUCCCCGCCAGCCCUUCUGCACCUGCCCGUGGGCCCGGUGCCGCCAUGGCGGGCGUGGGGCCGGGGGGCUACGCGGCGGAGUUCGUGCCGCCCCCGGAGUGCCCGGUGUUCGAGCCCAGCUGGGAGGAGUUCACGGACCCUCUCAGCUUCAUCGGCCGCAUCCGGCCCCUGGCGGAGAAAACCGGCAUCUGCAAGAUCCGACCGCCCAAGGAUUGGCAGCCUCCGUUUGCGUGUGAAGUAAAAAGCUUCCGUUUCACUCCCAGAGUCCAGCGCCUGAAUGAACUUGAGGCAAUGACCAGAGUGAGACUGGACUUCUUGGAUCAAUUAGCAAAAUUUUGGGAACUUCAGGGAUCUACCCUGAAGAUCCCUGUGGUGGAGAGAAAAAUCCUGGAUCUGUAUGCUUUGAGCAAGGUUGUUGCCAGCAAAGGUGGUUUUGAAAUGGUCACCAAAGAGAAGAAAUGGUCUAAAGUGGGUAGCCGCUUGGGGUAUCUGCCAGGAAAAGGAACUGGGUCUCUUUUGAAGUCACAUUAUGAGCGGAUUCUCUACCCGUAUGAGCUUUUCCAGUCUGGCGUCAGCCUUAUGGGUGUGCAGAUGCCUAAUUUAGAUCUUAAGGAAAAAGUGGACUCUGAGGUUCUUGGCACUGAUGUCCAGACUUCCCCAGAAGCAGGCACAAGAGUGAACAUGCUGCCGAAGAGAACAAGACGUGUCAAGUCUCAGUCGGAAUCUGGAGAAGUGAAUAGAAACACAGAACUGAAGAAACUUCGAAUUUUUGGGGCUGGGCCUAAGGUUGUGGGCCUGGCAAUGGGAGUAAAAGCUAAAGAAGAUGAGGUCUCCCGAAGACGAAAAGUUACCAACAGGUCAGACGCAUUUAACAUGCAAAUGAGACAACGGAAAGGAACUCUCUCUGUUAACUUUGUUGAUCUCUAUGUUUGUAUGUUUUGUGGUCGGGGAAACAAUGAAGAUAAGUUGCUGUUGUGUGAUGGAUGUGACGACAGCUAUCAUACGUUCUGUCUAAUUCCCCCACUGCCCGAUGUGCCCAAAGGAGACUGGAGGUGUCCCAAGUGUGUCGCUGAGGAAUGUAAUAAGCCCAGAGAAGCCUUUGGAUUUGAACAAGCUGUACGAGAGUAUACCCUUCAGAGCUUCGGGGAGAUGGCGGAUAAUUUCAAGUCUGACUAUUUCAACAUGCCAGUCCAUAUGGUUCCGACAGAACUAGUGGAGAAGGAGUUCUGGAGGCUGGUGAGCAGCAUUGAAGAAGAUGUUAUUGUAGAGUAUGGAGCUGAUAUCUCCUCGAAAGACUUUGGAAGUGGAUUUCCUGUAAAGGAUGGUCGGAGGAAGAUGCUGCCGGAGGAAGAGGAAUAUGCGCUUUCUGGUUGGAACUUGAAUAACAUGCCUAUUCUAGAGCAGUCUGUCCUUGCACAUAUCAACGUGGACAUCUCUGGUAUGAAGGUGCCGUGGCUUUACGUGGGAAUGUGUUUCUCUUCCUUUUGCUGGCAUAUUGAAGAUCACUGGAGCUACUCCAUCAACUACUUGCACUGGGGGGAGCCAAAGACGUGGUAUGGUGUGCCAUCUCAUGCUGCAGAGCAGCUGGAGGAGGUGAUGCGGGAGCUGGCCCCUGAGUUAUUUGAGUCCCAGCCCGACCUCCUGCACCAGCUAGUCACCAUCAUGAACCCCAAUGUGCUGACGGAGCAUGGUGUGCCUGUGUACAGGACCAAUCAGUGUGCUGGCGAGUUCGUGGUGACGUUUCCUCGGGCCUACCACUCUGGAUUUAAUCAAGGCUACAACUUCGCUGAGGCUGUGAACUUCUGUACUGCUGACUGGUUGCCCAUUGGACGUCAGUGUGUCAAUCAUUACCGCCGGCUAAGGCGCCACUGUGUCUUCUCACACGAGGAGCUGAUCUUCAAGAUGGCAGCAGACCCAGAGUGCUUGGACGUGGGGCUGGCUGCCAUGGUGUGCAAGGAGUUGAUGCUCCUGACGGAAGAGGAGACGCGAUUAAGGGAGUCUGUUGUGCAGAUGGGCGUCCUGAUGUCAGAAGAAGAAGUGUUUGAGCUGGUUCCCGAUGACGAGCGGCAGUGUGCGGCGUGCAGGACCACGUGCUUUCUCUCUGCCCUCACCUGCUCCUGCAGCCCCGAUCGGCUUGUGUGCCUCUACCACCCAGCUGACCUGUGCGCCUGCCCCAUGCAGAAGAAAUGUCUUAGGUACCGCUACCCAUUAGAGGACCUCCCUUCUCUGCUGUAUGGUGUGAAAGUCAGGGCACAGUCCUAUGACACCUGGGUCAGCCGUGUCACAGAAGCUUUGUCUGCCAACUUCAGCCACAAGAAAGAUUUGAUUGAAUUGCGAGUAAUGCUAGAAGAUGCUGAGGAUAGGAAAUACCCAGAGAACGAGCUCUUUCGGAAACUCAGGGAUGCUGUCAAGGAGGCUGAGACCUGUGCCUCUGUGGCUCAGCUGCUUCUGAGCAAAAAGCAGAAACACAGGCAGAGCCCAGACAGCGGGAGGACUCGGACCAGACUGGCCGUGGAAGAGCUGAAGGCCUUUGUGCAGCAGCUGUUCAGUCUCCCUUGUGUCAUCAGCCAAGCUCGACAAGUAAAGAAUCUGCUGGACGAUGUGGAGGAGUUUCAUGAACGUGCUCAAGAGGCCAUGAUGGAUGAAACCCCAGAUUCCUCCAAACUCCAGACGCUGAUAGACCUGGGCUCCAGUCUGUAUGUGGAGCUUCCCGAACUGGCCCGGCUGAAGCAGGAGCUGCAGCAGGCUCGAUGGCUGGAUGAAGUGAGACUGACGCUGUCAGACCCACAGCAGGUCACUCUGGAUGUCCUGAAGAGACUGAUAGACUCUGGGGUGGGCUUGGCGCCCCACCACGCGGUGGAGAAGGCGAUGGCUGAGCUCCAGGAGCUCCUCACCGUCUCUGAGCGAUGGGAAGAAAAGGCCAAGGUCUGCCUGCAGGCAAGACCCCGGCACAGCGUAGCGAGUUUAGAAGGUAUCGUCAAUGAAGCUAAGAACAUUCCAGCCUUUCUACCCAACGUGUUGUCCCUGAAAGAAGCCUUGCAGAAAGCUCGGGAGUGGACAGCUAAAGUGGAAGCUAUUCAGAGCGGCAGCAGUUACGCUUACUUGGAGCAGCUGGAGAGCUUGUCUGCUAAAGGCCGUCCUAUCCCUGUGCGUCUUGAUGCGCUGCCCCAGGUGGAGUCACAGGUGGCAGCGGCGCGGGCCUGGAGAGAACGGACCGGGAGGACCUUUCUUAAGAAGAAUUCCAGCCACACGUUGUUACAGGUGCUCAGUCCCCGGACUGACAUUGGUAUUUAUGGGAGUGGAAAAAAUAGAAGGAAAAAAGUAAAAGAAUUAAUAGAAAAAGAAAAGGAAAAGGAUCUGGACCUUGAGCCUCUGAGCGAUCUGGAGGAGGGGUUGGAGGAAACCAGAGACACCGCCAUGGUGGUGGCAGUUUUCAAAGAACGGGAGCAAAAAGAGAUUGAAGCCAUGCAUUCCCUCAGAGCAGCCAACCUAGCCAAGAUGACUAUGGUGGACCGCAUAGAAGAAGUGAAAUUUUGCAUUUGCCGCAAGACAGCUAGUGGGUUUAUGCUACAGUGCGAGCUCUGCAAAGACUGGUUUCAUAACAGCUGUGUUCCUCUCCCUAAAUCAGGGUCCCAGAAGAAAGGGUCUGGCUGGCAGGCUAAAGAAGUAAAAUUCCUUUGCCCUCUGUGUAUGCGGUCUCGAAGGCCAAGGCUGGAGACCAUCCUGUCACUCCUGGUGUCCCUUCAGAAGCUGCCUGUACGGCUGCCCGAGGGUGAGGCCCUUCAGUGUCUGACAGAACGGGCCAUGAGCUGGCAGGACAGAGCGCGGCAGGCCCUGGCCACGGAUGAGCUGUCCUCGGCCCUGGCCAAGCUGUCCGUGUUGAGCCAGCGCAUGGUGGAGCAGGCGGCUCGAGAGAAGACGGAGAAGAUCAUCAGUGCGGAGCUCCAGAAAGCCGCUGCCAAUCCAGACUUACAGGGGCACUUACCCAGUUUCCAGCAGUCUGCGUUUAACCGGGUGGUGAGCAGUGUGUCUUCUUCCCCUCGGCAAACAGCGGACUAUGAUGACGAAGAGACGGAUUCUGAUGAAGACGUCCGGGAGACCUAUGGCUAUGAUGUGAAGGACACAGCCAGUGUGAAGUCCUCUAGCAGCCUGGAGCCCAACCUUUUUUGUGACGAGGAGAUCCCCAUCAAGUCUGAGGAGGUGGUCACUCACAUGUGGACAGCGCCCUCGUUCUGUGCAGAGCACGCUUAUUCUUCCGCUUCCAAGAGCUGUUCUCAAGGCUCUAGCACCCCAAGGAAGCAACCUAGGAAGAGCCCGCUGGUGCCCCGCAGUUUGGAGCCUCCGGUGCUGGAGUUGUCGCCUGGAGCCAAAGCCCAGCUGGAAGAACUUAUGAUGGUUGGGGACCUGCUAGAGGUGUCUCUGGAUGAGACGCAGCACAUAUGGCGGAUUUUGCAGGCCACACACCCACCUUCUGAGGACAGGUUCCUGCAUAUCAUGGAGGAUGACAGCAUGGAAGAGAAACCAUUAAAAAUAAAAGGAAAGGAUUCUUCAGAGAAGAAACGAAAACGGAAGCUAGAAAAAGUAGAACAGCUCUUUGGAGAAGGAAAACAGAAGUCCAAGGAGUUAAAGAAAAUGGAGAAACCAAAAAAGAAGAAACUAAAAUUAAGUGCCGAAAAAUCAAAGGAGCUGAGUAAACUGGCCAAGAAGCUAGCAAAAGAAGAGGAGAGAAAGAAGAAGAAGGAGAAGGCUGCUGCCGCCAAAGCUGAGCUCGUGAAGGAGACGACCGAGCGGAAGAGGGAGAGGAAGGUGCUGGACAUCCCGUCCAAGUACGACUGGUCGGGGGCGGAGGAGUCGGACGACGAGAACGCCGUGUGCGCGGCGCAAAACUGCCAGCGGCCCUGCAAGGACAAGGUGGACUGGGUGCAGUGUGAUGGUGGCUGUGACGAGUGGUUUCACCAAGUCUGUGUGGGUGUGUCUCCAGAAAUGGCUGAGAACGAAGAUUACAUCUGUCUAAACUGUGCAAAGAAGCAGGGGCCGGACAGCCCCGGCCCCGCACCCCCUCCUGCCUUCAUAAUGGGCUACAAACUUCCAGUGGAGGAUCUGAAAGAGACCAGUUAGCAGGUGCUGGGUUAGUUUGGGACAUGAGGGAAUGUGGACCACGCCGAGAACUUAGUCAUCAAGUAGAGUGGUUUCGACCCACUCGGAAUGUUGCUUCCAAAGACGAAGGGCCUCCUGAGAACGUCCUCGGAGCUGACUUCCUCUUUGCAUGGACGUGUGAGCCUUUCUGUCAGCGCAUCUGUGCCGAGGGCAUCCUCUGUGGUACGGCAGCCAGUGUUUCUGCUCAUGUUUCCCCGAGACGGUUUGUCACGUUAAGGCCAGACAUCUGACUGAGCUCCAGGUGGCCGGCCGGCAUCAGCACACCUGUGUGCUGGCGCGGCGUGUAGGACGGGGCUUACUGCCACUCAGUGUUAGCUAGAGGGUUACAGCCGGGGCAGCGCCGUGGAGGUGCUGCUUCUUUGGCUCUCCCCUUAGUUAGGACAGUUGGAGAGGAGUCAGUACCGCUUUCCUUCCAUGAUAACCUGGCAUUUGGUGCCCCACAGGCAGAGCUAGGAGAGGGCAGCGCAACGCCACUCCUGUCAGGAGGCGCGAUGGCAGCGCAGCGCGUGGCCCUCAGCCCUGUGCGCUUGUUUGUACCAAGAAGACCCCAGACGAGAGGCGGGUGCCCUUGGCUUCCUGAGGAGGACGCUGUGCAGGUCAGCAGUCUGACUCGAUUGGCUUCGGGGAGGAAGAGCUUUCCUUAUUUCGAGGCAAAGAGCUUGUUUUGGCUUUGAGAUGUCUUGCUGCCUUGGGUCUGCAUCUUAGAGAAGAGCAGGUAUGUGGAUCCAGGCUUCUACGAAAGAAGACACGCCGGAAUGUUUUACUGAGCCACAGCGCUGCAUGCGUUUCCGGGAAGCCUUCCCUCAAGUAUACCAGAUGCCGCCGGGCUUCAGGUGUGGCCGAGAGCAAGACCAGCAAGUCCCAGCUUUAGCCUUGCAGCCCUGCCCCGCUGGCCAUGGUUUCCAGCGCUGGCCGUCUCUGACGGUGGCCCACAGCAGCGCUGCCCAACAGCACCAUGGCUUCAUCAGAGGACGCGGGCUGAUAGUACCUCUGGGUGACAAGUUGUUUUAGUAAACCCAUUUUUAAAAAAAGAAAGAAAAAAGGACUUGUUUUUACUUUUUUCUAAAUGUCUCUGACUACUGACUGUUCUAUAAAUAGAGUAUUUUUCCUUUUUUGAUAUGCAUAUAUGAAUAUAUAAAUACAUACGUUUACUGUUACCAGCAGCACAUGACAGUUUCAGCAUCAGAAAUCCAUUUGGGGGCUUGCACUCUCUUCUUGCUUUUUAAUAAAGAAGUCUCGUUCCUUCCUUGUAGUACAAGGAGUUAGCACUCCCUUCUCCAUCCUCGCCUGACCGGGUGUUCUGUCUUGUUUUUGUUCAGAUAGAUAGUUAGCUCUCCCCCGUGUUUGGGGACUGGCCCCUGUCUGUGGGGAACGGCCCCUGUCUGUGGGGAACGUGGUCUUACGGUGUCCGUGGAGGUGGUUCUGUUCUGUCCUGCGUGUGACCGUUUGAAACUACGGUGCUGUGUCCUCUUCUCUCCUGUUGUGCCUGUUCUCGCUAAGGUGUUAGAGGUAGGCUGCGUGCAAACUCAUCAGCAGGGGACUGCUGUUUGUUUGUUUUUUUUUUAAGGACAAAAACAAAACACCGAACAAACUAAAAACAGUAAUGUUGUUUUCACUAUCCUGUGUUCCUUUGUUUUGGUUUAAAAAUCUGUGGUUUGACUUGAACUCAUCAGGUUCCCUUUUCACAGUGGGUGGGCCCAGACAAGAGCUUGUGGUCUCUGCUUCCCUUCUUGCCCCAACCUCUUUUAAGAAAUGUCUUCUAGUAACUAGAAGCGAAAUGUACUGUCCAGUCACAGUCUGAGUGGGUAUGAGAUUUAACUCAAAGGCAUCUUACUCAAGAAAAGCAAACCCUUCCCUGUAAAACCCGGUUCCUGGAGUCACUUUCUCUGUAGUUCACACUGUCCAUUUUUAGUCACUCUUCCUUUAACGUCAUACCACAUCUUAAGUGUUUUGACCUGUUAGGAGGUGCAUAAGCAUUGCUGUGCUGUCCUGAAAAUCUCAUCUCAAAUGUAUGUGUGAUUUAAGACUUCAGUAGAAAUUGCAAGUUUUCAUUUUGCCAAACUAUAUAAAGAUAUUACUUAGUUAAGAAUGUCAUCUGGUUAAUGUUACAAAAGAAAGCACAAUAUUUUUUGCCUUUUGGUCUCUAUAAAAAUCUUCAAAUGCUUGUUGGUUAAAGAUCGUGGUCUUAUGUGGUGGCUGCCUGAAAUGCAUUAAAAAAUACUCAAUUUUUCCUUCAUUACUCAGCUAUCAGUGGAGGGGCCUGAGGGUGCUGAGGACGCCGGCUAAGGUGCUUUGUUUUUGGAGUGCAGCGGGUGGGUGUAGCUGGCUGUUCAGGGAGUCAUUCACAUCCGUAGUACAGGAUCUGCCUGCGUAUCUGACCCAAGAGAAAAAUGCAAGGCAGUCUCCAACCAAGAACAGCUUCCUGCUUAUCUUCUGACAUUUUGAAACUUAAAUAUGUCAUUUAAUUGAUACUGUAUUUGAGAGUCACAGAGGAUUUGGUCUGACUUGUGACCAUUUAGACCAAGGCCGAGAAGAACAGAUGAGAGACAUUCAUUUAAAAAAGAAAGAAAAGUUAACAUACACAGUUGUACAGCUUUGGAAUUAAUGAGCGAAGAUUCAUCUGUUUAAAGAAAUGCUUAUGUUCUAAUAUAAAACGGUUUUUUUUUUGGUCAAAGGAAAUCACUUAACUUACAACUGAACUCCAUUCUGCGGUGUUGUAUUUCAUAUUAAAUCUUGAUUUACAUUGUCUCUCCCUUUCCUGUCUCUUCAGAGUCACAGUUCUUCACCAUCAGCACGUUAGUUCUUUCAAAGGUGUUCUCACUGCCUUCGUGGUAAAGUAUUUUGGCAGAGGUUAUGGAAAGAACAAGGAAGACUGGUAGGUCACAGAGCAGGUAAUGGGAACCGCCCAGCCCCUGGCUGCAGGUGUGACAACAGCGUUUCUUGUCCCCGCCCGGGAGGCGGCGCCCCAGAGCCGCGUGGAGGUGCCUCGGUGGGACCGCAGCUGCCGCCCGAGGCGCCUCGGGGGGUUGAAGAGCAAAGCCGAGAUCCGCGGUGGCCCACGGUGCACGCCCACGCUCAGGCCCCCACGAGCGCCUCUGCCGCUGGCGUCGGCGUGCAUCCGGGAAGCAUCGGUUUACGUGUUUCUCCUAGUGCUUAGGUCCCGGGCGCAAUUCGGUGCUACUUGUCAGCAUCUUCAUUCUGUAGUGUGUGUGUGUGACUGUCGCCAGCACUUAAGCAGGAGGCUGAAAGGAAACACUGAGGAAGCCCUUCUUUCAAAGGGUGGGAUUAUCCACUUUUUGAAAGGAGUGGGAUUUGAAAACUAAAUUGUGGGGAAAUGAAGGUGUUACAGCCCCACGUAACUGGCAGUUUCCGUAAAGGUUUACACACAAACUAGCUUCGUGUGUGUGUAGAAAGUUGCUUCAGCAGUAGGCCCUUGAGUAUAAACUUUCAAAAGCAGGCAACCAACUGGCGUUUUCCCAUUUUUUUGAAAUCCCACUUUUUUUUGUUAAACAUGUCAUUAAUUUGGAUCUGGAUGUGCCAAGUGGCAUUAGUAUUUACGGCCUGAGAAGGAGAGCGGCUGUUGAUCUGUUUGGACUGAAGUCUUCUCUGGGCCUGGAUCGUAUCCGGUCACCACUAUGCGACGCAGGCCACACACGCCACGCACGCGCUGGGCGAGGCUGUGGCGGGCUCUGACCGGUGUGUCUUGCGUGUGCUGGUUGGCGGUGCUCCGAGGCGUCCGACCGGGGACGGCUGUCAGCCUCAGGCCCUAGUGGUUAUUCCCCUACGUAUUUAUUUACCUGUUAGUGAGACACUUAAAUGUAACAUGGGCUCAACUUUACCAGGGUUUUUGGUGGUGCCUUAUGAAAAGUAUGACUUGAUUUCUUGUUUUUUUGAGCAUGUUUUGCAUUUCUCGUUUUCUGAAAGAAUGUUAGAGAUGGUUAUUUGCAUUAUAUCUGAAAAAUAAACAUUUUUACAUGUG